UCCCCUAGCUUUGCUUUCUUCACCAUUUACAAGCAAAACUCUUUCAUUUGCUACACUCAUUGCAUUUUUUCUCUUUGCAUUUGCUAUUGUCAUUUUCCUCUCAAAGUUGAAACUCGUCUGUGGAUUUCCCAUCUGCUGAAUCAACUGCAAUGGCUGAACGUGUUCUGACUCGUGUUCAUAGCCUCCGUGAACGUGUUGAUGCCACGUUGGCUGCUCACCGCAAUGAGAUACUUCUGUUUCUUUCAAGGAUCGAAAGCCAUGGAAAAGGGAUCUUGAAACCUCACCAGCUUUUGGCUGAGUUUGAUGCAAUUCGCCAAGAUGACAAAAAUAAACUGAACGAACAUGCUUUCGAAGAGCUCCUGAAAUCCACUCAGGAAGCGAUUGUUCUGCCCCCUUGGGUUGCACUUGCCAUUCGUUUGAGGCCUGGUGUCUGGGAAUAUGUCCAUGUGAACGUCAACGCGCUAGUUGUUGAGGAGCUGUCCGUCUCUGAGUAUUUGCAUUUCAAGGAAGAACUUGUCGACGGAGCCUCCAAUGGAAAUUUUGUUCUCGAGUUGGAUUUUGAGCCUUUCACUUCAUCCUUUCCGAAACCAACCCUCACCAAAUCUAUUGGAAAUGGAGUUGAAUUCCUGAAUAGGCAUCUCUCUGCCAAAAUGUUCCAUGACAAGGAAAGCAUGACCCCGCUUCUCGAAUUUCUUCGCGCUCACCAUUAUAAGGGCAAGACAAUGAUGCUGAAUGAUAGGAUACAGAAUUCAAAUACUCUUCAAAAUGUCCUAAGAAAGGCAGAGGAAUACCUCAUUAUGCUUCCCCCGGAAACUCCAUAUUAUGAAUUGGAACACAAGUUCCAAGAAAUCGGAUUGGAGAAGGGAUGGGGGGACACAGCGGAGCGUGUUCUAGAGAUGGUAUCCAUGCUUCUUGAUCUCCUUGAGGCUCCCGAUUCAUGUACUCUUGAGAAGUUCUUGGGGAGAAUUCCAAUGGUCUUCAACGUGGUUAUCCUUUCCCCUCAUGGAUAUUUUGCCCAAGAAAAUGUCUUGGGUUAUCCCGACACCGGUGGCCAGGUUGUCUACAUAUUAGAUCAAGUUCCCGCCUUGGAGCGUGAAAUGCUUAAGCGCAUAAAGGAGCAAGGACUGGAUAUCAUCCCGCGCAUUCUUAUUGUUACUCGUCUGCUGCCUGAUGCAGUUGGAACCACUUGUGGUCAGCGGCUUGAAAAGGUGUAUGGAACAGAACACUCACAUAUUCUUAGGGUCCCCUUUAGGACUGAGAAGGGCAUCGUUCGCAAAUGGAUCUCUCGCUUUGAAGUGUGGCCAUACAUGGAGACUUUCAUUGAGGAUGUUGCAAAAGAAAUUUCUGCAGAACUACAGGCCAAGCCAGAUUUGAUAAUCGGGAACUACAGUGAGGGCAACCUUGCUGCUUCCUUGCUGGCUCACAAGUUGGGCGUAACGCAGUGCACCAUCGCCCACGCGCUGGAGAAAACGAAGUAUCCUGAUUCCGACAUCUACUGGAAAAAUUUUGAUGAAAAAUACCAUUUCUCGUCCCAGUUUACUGCUGAUCUCAUUGCAAUGAAUCACACUGAUUUCAUCAUCACCAGCACCUUCCAGGAGAUAGCAGGAAGCAAGGACACUGUGGGACAAUAUGAGAGCCAUAUGGCAUUCACAAUGCCUGGAUUGUACAGAGUUGUUCACGGCAUUAAUGUAUUCGACCCAAAAUUCAACAUUGUUUCACCUGGAGCUGAUAUUAACCUCUACUUCCCGUACUCUGAAACGGAAAAGAGACUUACAGCAUUUCACCCUGAAAUUGAUGAGCUGCUGUAUAGUGACGUUGAGAAUGACGAACAUCUGUGUGUGCUCAAGGACAGGAAUAAGCCAAUCUUAUUCACAAUGGCGAGGUUGGACCGUGUGAAGAAUUUAACUGGACUUGUUGAGUGGUACGCCAAGAAUCCACGACUAAGGGCGUUGGUUAACCUAGUUGUAGUUGGCGGAGACCGAAGGAAGGAAUCCAAAGAUCUGGAAGAGCAGGCAGAGAUGAAGAAGAUGUAUGAGCUAAUAGAGACUCAUAAUUUGAAUGGACAAUUCAGAUGGAUUUCUUCCCAGAUGAACCGAGUGAGGAAUGGUGAACUCUACCGAUACGUUGCUGACACUAAGGGAGCUUUCGUGCAGCCUGCAUUCUAUGAGGCUUUUGGUCUGACCGUUGUUGAGGCCAUGACUUGUGGUUUGCCUACAUUUGCUACUAAUCAUGGUGGUCCAGCUGAGAUCAUUGUUCAUGGAAAGUCCGGUUUCCAUAUUGAUCCAUAUCACGGUGAGCAAGCUGCUGAUCUGCUAGCUGAUUUCUUUGAGAAAUGUAAGAAAGAUCCUUCCCACUGGGAAACCAUUUCGAUGGGUGGACUGAAGCGCAUCCAAGAGAAGUACACUUGGCAAAUCUACUCGGAGAGGCUAUUGACACUGGCUGCUGUUUACGGGUUCUGGAAACACGUUUCUAAGCUUGAUCGUCUAGAAAUCCGUCGCUAUCUUGAAAUGUUUUACGCUCUCAAAUACCGUAAGAUGGCUGAAGCUGUUCCAUUGGCUGCUGAGUGAAUGAAGGUUUGUUUGAAUAAAAAUGGUCUUUGACAACAAGAGGCUUCUGUUUUGUUUAGUAUGCCAACUGCCCCCCCCCCCCCUUUCUUUCUGUUGUACUUUCAUUUGGUCUACAUUUGGUCCUGCCAAUGUUGGUUGGAGAAUUUGAGCUCUUAGUAUGAAUAAAAUUAGAUCAAAUUGCAAUCUAUCCAAUCAACUUUGUUUAAUCAUGAGUUUAUAAUAGUGUAAGUUGUGUUACUUCAAGAAACAUUGUUUUGGUUUACCUAUUGUCAUUUUCUAUGAGAAAUUAUCAUUCAUUAUA